AUGGCCGGGAAGAAGUCCACCGUUACUCCUAUCAACUUCUACCCUUACAGAUUUCUCACCAACUCAGGAAAAUGUUCCACAAUUGAGAAAUUAGACCUCUUUAUUGUAGUGAAGUCAGCUAGGUCCCAUUUCGGUCACAGGAAUGCUAUAAGACAGACGUUUGGGCAAGAGAACCUGCCAGGCAGAAUAGUCAAAACGUUAUUCUUCUUAGGAAUAGAUCGUCAGCCUAAAACAGAUCUACAGAAGAAAAUAGACCAAGAAAUGUCCCAAUACAAGGAUAUUAUACAAAUCGAUUUCAUAGACGACUACUACAAUAACACAAUUAAAACUAUGAUGUCGUUUAGAUGGGUUUAUGAACAUUGCUCAACGGCAGACUUCUACUUAUUCACGGAUGAUGACAUGUACAUUUCUGUUAAUAACUUGUUCGAUUACGUCCACGAUAAGACCGAAGGACGAAAAUCAAAUGUUGUUUCUAAGAACGAGGAAGACGAGUUCAUGAUACAAACCCCUGAAAUAGAGAGAGAUGAAAAUCUUUUUGCUGGAUACGUGUUCGAGUCUGCCCCUCAGAGGUUCAGGACAUCGAAAUGGAGAGUUUCUUUAGACGAAUACCGUUGGAAUAAAUGGCCGCCGUAUGUUACAGCCGGUGCGUACGUGCUUUCCAAUAAAAGUAUGAAGGUUAUGUACAUUGCUAGUCUGUUUGUCAAACAUUUUCGCUUUGACGAUAUAUAUCUUGGCAUUGUGGCUAAAAAGGUCGGUAUUAAGCCGAUACAUUGUCCCGAUUUCCAUUUUUAUAAGAAAAAGUAUACUAAGGAGGAUUAUAGGAGUGUUAUAGCGUCUCACGGUUACGGAAAUCAUGACGAGUUGGUGAAGGUGUGGAAUGAACAGAAUAAAAAUAUUUGA